AUGAGCUUCAAACUAUUGGGCUACCUCAAGGGCGACAAGUACAAAGAUUACUCCUCCCGCAUCAUCACCGAGGACCGCGCCAUGGAUUCCCUCCAGAACGUCAUGUACUCCCUCAUCGAGUUCAACAUCCGCUACAAGAACUUCCCGGAGGAAAUGACGGUCAUCAGCUACGAGCUCAAGCGCCAGCGCUUCGAAAACUUGCACUUCAAGACGGCCAAAGCGAUACUGUUCCCGACGGCGCAGGCAGGUAUCGAUGUCUCAUGGCAGGGAAUCCCGACAUUUAUCGGCAUCGACCCGCGAGAUCUGACGGAGAAUUACAGAUCCGAGAAGGCAAUCGCUAUAGGUGAGCUGGAGAUGCAGAUAAUGGAUCUCUGGACGGGAUCCCCGUAUGGCCUUUCGGAGGAGUUGAUGAACAGAAAGGAGAAGAGGAAUAGGUGGGGGAUCGAUCUCUAUUAUCAACUUGUUUUUGCGGGGGGGGCUGAGCUGGUUGCGGCUCUGGAGAGGAAUGCUAAGGCAGCUCCUCCUAUUGAGGAGGUUAUGGAUAUGAGUGUGAAUUGA